CGGCCAGUGAAACCCAGCCCACAGUAUGGCAACGUCCCGAGCGAGCACGGGACGUCCUUCGCCGAGCAUAGCCAGCGCUAUCGUAGCAUCUGCCACGCCCCGCGGCCAAGACCUCUUGGCCAUCGCCAAGAGCCAGCCCGAGACCAUGCGCGAGGCGACGCAUGGCGAGUUUGACCCGACAACCCUCGAGUGUGCAAUCCACAGCCUCAUCGUGAGCGAGUCGCUCGCGCACUUGUCGCCGCUUGGCUGGUGGCUGCACGCUGACGCGCUGUACCUCGAGCGCCUCAAGAUCUCACCGCCGCUUCUCGCUGCAUUCUUUCACUUUGACUUUGGCCCUCGCCGCCUGUCCGUCAUGCACUUCAAACUUUAUGAGCAGCUCGAGAUUGAUGCUUGGCACAACACGCUCCGAUCUGCGCCAUCUCCAGAAGGGCUACCUGUGCCGCCGACACCCUCGACCAUGAACGACAUACAACAGGCACUUGUUGGUCUCUCGAUGGUCGUGCGUCGAUUUGGCUCCAAGGCGUUGCAGACGCUCGUGGACUCGGCCGACCGUGCAGUCAUGUACCUAGCACGCGAGUGUCCAGACGUAGCCAGUGACCUACCGGCGCUGGUGCGCUUUUUGGAUGCCAAAUUGCGCGCGUUCCGGGUGGCCGUUCUUGCCGACGUGGUGGCGACACCCAUGACGACCACGCACGCGGAUGUGCACAAGGACUUCGGUGUCGACUCGCCCGGGCUCGGACGAUUCAUCUCCCAUGUGCUGAUGAUGCGAACGGUAUCGUUGGCUCGCGAAUUGAACCAGGUCCACGCAACGGCGCCCGAGACCACGCUGCCAAAAGCCAAGUCAAAGAAGAAGAAGAAGUCGGCGGCUACGAUAGUACGCAAGCGGCGCCCAACGACCAAGUCCGCCAAGACCCCAGUCAAAGCCGCGGCCAAGGCGACGUCAACGACCAAGCAGCAGCCGCGACGCGGUCGCAUUGUUGUCGUUGUCGACCAAUCACGGGGGUCAAAGCGCCGCGGCCGGGGCCAGCGUAGCACAGUGUUGUAGAGGCCACUGCACCGCCAAAGAUAGCGUGAUGUACCUCGACGUCGGCUGCGUUAGAGAUGGCAAUGAUCGUGUCGGUCACUUCUAGCUUAAUCAAAUACAGUGUACAUGUCGCGAA